CAACUUUUCCUCUGUGUGGUGUCCCAGCACCAGUAGAUGUCCCGUGGCUUUGUACUGUCCCGGGUAGCUUAGCAGCACAAGGUGUUGGGCCCACUGUAGUUCUGCUGUUGGAUUAAUUAUGAGAAGCUGCCUCCAACCUCGGACCGUGUAUAGGAUAACGGUGCCCUAGCGUCACAAAGUGAUCAGCAACUAAAAGAUAGUGGCCCAGGGUAACCAGCAACAUCACCAUGAUGGAUUGCUUCAGAAAAAAGAGGGCAAGAGAAAGUUCACUUCUUAAAUGGACCUUAUGUUCCAGACCUUGUCGUGUGACAUUCUAUGUCUAAGAUCAACAACGUAACGCCCUGAGUUUUCCGUCACAAGAGAAACUUACCAAGCUGGAAAAGUUGUUGGCAACAGAAGAGCAGUGGUGAAGGUUUAGUAUCGAGGUAUUGUACAUCAGUCCUCAGGAUUACCGCACAGAUACAGCAUGGAGACGUUGCCAGGGUCUACAAUGUCUACAACAAACAAUGAGAAUUCAGCUCAAACCCAUGAACCGUUACAGAACCAAGCUCCGACAGCUGUUUCUAACUGGAAUGCACAAGUUCCUCCCUUCUUACAAAAUGCCCCUUCACCACUUCCUGCAUAUAAUGCUAUACCUUCAACACAGAUGUGGACUAUCCCCACCGUGGCACCACAAUGGAGUCUGGCUAGUAUACCAGCACCAAAAACUGAUCCAUCAUCUCCUUUUUACCUAGCAUUCCUGAAAGGCAAACCAAGAGCUUUGGGGAUUGUAUUGAUUGUUUCAGCCAUCUUGGAGAUUGCUUUGGGAAUUGGUCUUUGUUUUCUCAUGUUCUCCAUAACAUCGCCAAGUGGUAUUUCUUUCUGGGGGCCAAUUUUUUACAUCAUCGCAGGAUCUCUCACCAUUGCUGCUCAUGCUAAACCCAACCUGUGCUUGGUCAAAGGAUCCCUCUCCUUAAACAUCAUCAGUUCUAUAUUCAGUAUUGUUGCUGUAAUCUUAAAUAUUGUUGAUCUAGGGACCAUCGGUUGCUAUAACUAUUCGGGUUACUAUAAUGGAAACUACCACUACAAUGAUCAAUACAGAAGAUGCAGAGAACAGCUCGGCAGUGGAUAUGCAGUGAUAUCUAUUCUUCUUAUUGCAAAUUUGUUGCUAUUCUGUGUGUCCUUAUCGCUCUCCAUUUUUGGAUGUCGUUCUUUAUCAAAAGUAUCCUCAAGUGUUCCUCAGGUAUUUUUGAUCCAAAAUGAUGUUGUGGUUUCAAUGAAUCCCUCCACGAUCCCAGCCACAUUUUCAGGAUUUGUUCAACCAUAUCCAACAAAUGUACCACCUCCACCACCUUAUGUGUUUCAAGAAGCCAAAGUCAAACCAAUAUCCUAAUUAAUUGACAUUUUUAAAAAUGUUUCCCUAGAUCGAGACCCAGCUAAUAAAUCUCUAAUAAUAGAACUAUUUGUCCUAAAAUUUCUUCUCAAAAUUUGAUGUUAAGUAAAUGAUAAAACAUUCCACCAAGUUUUAGGUUGUUCUACCGUAGGAUGAAAAUAAAGAAGUGUGAUCACAUGCAUUGGUAUAAUUAUCUUUUACAUUUGCUUUAUUGUCACUUCUAUUUGUGUUCUUGUUAUUUUUGAUUCUCUAAUAAAAUCUCAGCAUUCUAUUAUUAA